AUGGAGGACUUUUCACAGUCUCGCGGCGACGAUGAUCUCUUUGACGACGAAAUUGUUCCCUUCGACGGCCCUCCUUCUCCAGAGAACCUCCCAGCCCAACUGGAUCAAGCCUCCCUUGAAACACCAUCACGACCUCCUUCUGAGGAAACGGCGGUUCCCCCGGCAAUGACAGCGAAGACCGUGCCGACGUCAAGCGAUCCUACUCUCCCAGGAUUUAAUCAUAAACCGAGUGGUAGAGGCGGCCAUGGCUCUGCAAAAGGUGGCACAAGUAAGAAAGGCGGAUUGGCGGACUCUAAGUGGGCAACAAAACCGGCACAAUCAACUUCAACAGAGCCGACGGCAGGCGACAACUCUGUAAGAUCACUGCCUAAACAAGCAGACGUCCCUGGAGAAGAAAAGCCCACCGAGACAGCAGCGCAAGCCCCAGGAUCAGAAUCAAACUCCACUGCACAAGAUCCGCCAUCGGGGCCUGCCAACACAGCAACUAAUCCUCGACCGCCAGCCGUGCGCGGCGACCGGACGGCCACCGGCGGCGUACGCAAGCCCAAGCUCACGGAGGAAGAACUCAGUGCCAAACUUGCAGCGGCCAAAGAGCGGUCGCAAAAUCUAGCAGCAGCACAUGCCCGUGCCCAGGCCGACGCCGCGAGCUUUGAGGAGCGCGAGCGCAUUGCCAAAGAGAAACGGGAGAAAGACCGUGUCGAGAGGAAGGUGAUGGAUAGCGAGCGGGAGAAGAAUCGACGGCGCAAGAUGGCGGUCAUGGGCGGGCGAGAAUGGGAUGCCGGGAAGAACGAGGAGGAUUUCAAGAUUACCCAAAACGGGCGUGGUGCCGGCAGAAGAUUUCAGAGUGGCAUGACCCCACAGCAACAGUUCCAGGCCGAAGAGGACGAUUUAAAGAUGUAUGAGUGGCAUGGAGAUAGAGGAGGACGGGGAAGAGGGAGAGGCAGGGAAAGAGGCGGGAGAGGUCGAGGGCGCGGUGGUAUCAGCAGAGGAGCAGUUUCAGAUCAUGACGGUGAUUCUACCGCUCAGCCACAGCCCAAUUGGUCUGCUGAAGAAGAUUUCCCUGCUCUACCGGGUUCUACAAUGGUCACCUCACAGAAGAAGCCCUCAACAUCCGACGCCCAUGCCUCAAAACCCAGACCUGUUCGGUGGGAUUCAGCUAAAGGCGACGGAGAAGGUACUUGGGCUGAGCAAGUCGAAUCCAGCGAGGUAGGAGACAAUGCCAGCAAGCCCAAGGGUUUCUGGUAA